AUGGAGGGCUCCGAGGAGCUGGAGAGGAGCCUCCUGACGCAGCCCUGGGCUUCCGUUCGCUUCGGCGAGUCCGCGUUCCUGGCCAAAGCGUGCUUCGGGGACGCUGGCUACAUCCUGCUGAUCUCCGACCUCAGCGGCGUCUGGUACGAGAGCGCGGACGCCGGGGCCGUGGGACAAAGGUCCAAGGAGCUGAACAAGCGGCUGACGGUCCACGUGUCCUCCUUCCUGCACCGCUUGCGCAACCUGAUGUGCCCCUUGCUGGCGGGACACCCGGACCCCGCCACCUCCUUCAGUGUCCCUCCUCCAUCCUAGGUGUCCCGUCACCUCGUGCGGCCCCUGAUUCAGAUGAGCCUGGCGCUGCAGUACCAGGUGCAAAAGCUGAGCUCCCUGCUGCUCCAGAAGGAUGCUGAGAUCGAAGACUACAGGGAGAGCGGGGCCACUCUCAGCAGAGACCGCCUGCGGACAGAGCCCUUCCAGGAGGAGACGUUUCAGCAGAACUUCAUGGCUGAGAGCCUGCCCCAGAUCUGCGGCGCGGCAGAGGGCCAGGCGUUCGCCUCGGCGCUGCAGCAGCUCUACACGGCAGUGACACAGCAGGAGACCAAGCAGGCUCAGAAACGGCAGCGCUCAGGUGAGGACCCGGUGCCCGCUGCAGAAACUGAAGAGCACCCCUGUCCUCUGCCUCCAUCCCAGGAGGAUGAAACAGCAUCUUCCAGCGAGGGAACCACGCCGGCCUCUUCCCCAGCUCAGAAGCCACGGCUGCCAGCGGCCAAGGCCAAGCCGAAAAAGGCAAAGGGACUCUUCAGCUGA